AUGAUGGGAAAUGAAAACUCGCAGCUAAGUGGUCUAAAAAUUGAUGAUAAGGCAAUUGAAAUUACUGACUUGUGGUCUCACUAUCAGGCUACUAUAAAUGACAGUUGCCGGUAUUUUAGUCUAAAGAAUGAUGGAUCAGUGUCGGUAUUUAAAGGAGAAGUGGUUUUAGGUCCACUUUGGGCAACAGGAACACCUUUAGCAAAAUGUUCAAAUAAUCUUUUAAAGUUUCGACAUCCAUGUAUAGUUAGAUAUUUGUCUUCCUGGCAGCAAAGGUCUACUUUUCAUUUGGUCACAGAAUAUGUUCAACCUUUGUCACAUAUGCUAGCUGCUCAAACACCUCUUCAAAUUUGUAUUGGAUUAAAUAAUAUUUUAAGAGCAUUAGUAUUUCUUCAUGAACAAGCUGGUGUAUCCCAUAAUAAUGUCAGUGUAUCUUCAAUAUAUGUCUCUGGUGAUAGCCAGUGGAAACUUGGAGGAUUGCAAUAUUUAUGUAAAUUUUCUGACCUAAAUCCCACUUACCUGAAACAUGCUAGAAUUCACAGAUAUGAUAAAGCUGUUGAUCCAGAUGAAGAGUCUCAUGAACAUACUUCAAAGGUUGAUCAAUAUGGAUUUGCUGUACUAGUGGAAGAUGUUUUCAAAGAUUGCAAAGAUGAUGACGUACCAUAUUUACAAGAAUUCAGAAAAUAUUGUAAAAAUUUUCUUCAAAAUAAUGAUCCUACAAACCGGCCAAUUCUAUCUGAAAUUCUAAAACAUAAUUUUUUUAAUCAUGAAUUCAUCACCAUUUAUAAGUUUUUAAAUUUCUUGCCUCUGAAGAAGGAGGAGGAUAAGUGUCAGUUUUUUAGCAAUAUUCUAACAAAUCUUAAACGCUAUGAUGAAGAAACUGUAGCCAAGCAAUUUAGCGGGUUGCUUCUAUCAAGGCUAACACUCCUAGAUUCUACUGCAAGAAAAGAUGUCAUUCCAUAUAUUUUAAAACCCAAAAAUGAAAGAUUACAUAAUGGAGAGCAGACUGGGUUUUUCAGCUUAAACAUUUUUAAGGAACAUGUAAAGCCUAGGCUAUUGCAACUGUUUGGUGUGAGAGAUGGUCAAGUGAGAAUGCUAUUGUUAAAACAUUUCACAAAAUUUUUACAUGUUUUUUCUCAUGAAGAACUUUCUCAACACAUUUUACCAGAGUUACUUCUUGGAAUUAAAGAUAUUGAUGACAAUUUAGUAGCAUCAACCUUGGUUUGUUUAAGUGAAUUAGUUCCAAUAUUAGAAAAUAUUUUUGAUGCUACUGCCAUCUUAACCUAUGAAAAGACAAUGACUUUGAAUGAAAGACCUUCUCCUGUGGGUGGAGAGUCAAAUGAUAUUGACAUCAUAGUAGAAGCAAGCAAGAAUACUGUCAUGAAUUCGGAAGAAGAAUGGGAUGAUUGGGAUAAUACCAAACAUAAACAGUUUUUGCACUCAGAUGAACAUAUUAGUACCAGUGACAGUAAGCUUCUUGUUGAAAAUGAAUUUGAUGAUGCCAAUGUUAUGCUUGCUGAAAAAAUUGAACCGUCUACUAGUACUUUAUUGUUGCACAAAGCUGCAAUAGAAACAAAAAGGAACAUGGUUGAUAUAACUGAGUUGGACAUCAAGAAUCAAAAAGUGGACUGUAAAAAAAAUGCAGAUGAGUUCGACUUUUUUGCUGAUAUGACACCAAUAAUAGAAAAACAAAAGGUUUUAAGUGUUGCUACAUCAGAUAAUAUCCAAGAUAUUAGUAGUAAAUUAAUUUUUGAGCCUGAUGAAGAAGGUAAUGAUGAUGGUUGGGGCGAAAGUUGGAGU